CACAUAAUCCAAUUUGAUGUCAAUUCUGCAUGUACGAAGGUACUUUGGUCUAGCUCAAUCGUGACAUGCGCAUCAACUAGCAUCCAAGCUACCUACCUCGAAGAUCAAUGCUCGUGAUAUUCCGAUUACUUGCAUAAGGUAUAUUCGAAAGACGCGAUUUAAGGCUGAUAAAUAACGUAUAUCUAUUUCAUAUCCUUAGAAGGGAAUAUAUCAUCAAUGUUGGAGGACAGGCCAAGCUCAACAACUUAUCGUCACCAAUAUUAGACCGAAAUAUAACAUCUCGCAUGUCUCAAUAUACAAGACCUGGUUUAUCCUAACGACGCCCACUCAUUUGACCCCUCCACCGAGACUCGAGAUAUUAUGGCCCAUCUCGCAGCACCGUCAUCAGCUAGACCGUUGAGCUCCCGCAGUUUCGCCUUAGUUUCUUCAUCCGAGUCUUCAGAUAAUGAAGAUGAUGCUCCGCUCCCUUUCCCCACUGCUCUCCCACGGUCCGACUUCCUCGCUCCGGACUUCGACCCAGCCGAAUACCUCUCCUCCCUCGCAAACCGCCAUCAGACCCUAGAAGACCUACGAUCCGACCUUAGGGAACGGAGCGCCGCUAUCAGCACCGAGCUGCUAGAACUAGUCAAUGCGAAUUACACCAGUUUCUUGAGCCUAGGCGACGAGCUUAAGGGGGGCGAGGAAAGAGUCGAGGAUGUACGUGUAGCACUGUUAGGAUUUCGGCGAGCUGUCGAAGAGAUCAAAGGCCGAGUAAGAGAAAGGGGCUCCGAAGUGGCUGGCUUAAACCGGGACCUAUCCGGCGUGAGAAGUGAGGUCGAGACCGGGAGGAAAAUGAUAGAACUCGAUGAGAGGAUAUCCACGCUCGAGGGUCGGUUGGCAGUCGGGAGCGCGGGUCCUGAUAGUGAUGAUAGCGACGACGACGAUGAAGACGAUGAAGACGAACUAGACGGAGCAGUGGGGAGUAGCACGGCAAAAUUGACGGAAUUAGCGAACGAGUAUAUAGUAGUGGACGAGUUAGCCAACGACAUUGGAAGGGAGACGCCUUUCGUACGGAAAGCGGAAGAAAGGCUAACAAGAUGUAGAAAUACUAUCCUAUUAGACCUUGGUACGGCGUUGAAGGAAGCUAAAAAGGCGGGUGCUAGAGGACAGGCAAAGCUAUUGAAGUUGAUGGGCAUCUAUUCUCUAUUAGAUGCUCAACUAGAAGCUGUAAAAGCAUUGAAGAGCGCUUAAUUAAGCGAAGACUACACAGUUUCACAAUUAUUCCUAAGAGCAUACUAGCAAGAUACCCGCACAUCUAACUUAUACAAAGCAUAU